AUGUCGAGCCACGCUGAGGGUGAGGUCUGGGAGGGCGGCGGGAAGCGCUACCGCAUGGAGAAGGUCGUCGGCAACGGCGCCUUUGGCAUCGUCUGGCGUGCAAAGGACCUCGAGUCGGGAAUGCAGGUGGCCAUCAAGAAGGUGAUCCUGGACCGGCGCUACCACAACCGCGAGCUUGAGAUGAUGCGGCAGCUCGACCACGACUGCGUCAUCAAGCUGCUCAACCAUUUCGAAAAGACGGGCCGCAAGCCCGACGAGACAUGCCUCCACCUCGUCAUGGACUAUAUGCCCGACACGAUCCGGUCGGUCGCGAUGAGCUUCCAGAAGCAGCGCGUCCACUUCCCGGCGGACGACGUGAGCGUCUACCUGUACCAGGCCCUCCGGGCGCUAGAGUACGCCUGCGGAUCUGUCACCGCGACCUCAAGCACCCCGCCCCACCCCCGCGCGCAGCCCGACAACUUCCUGGUCGACCCGGCGCGGCGGCGGCUCAAGCUGAUUGACUUUGGGUGCGCAAAGAUGCUCGUGCGCGGACAGGCGAGCCCCUCCUCCUCCCGUGGACUAGAGAAAGAAUGA